AUCAAGAACAACUUCCGCAAAAAAGUAUUGAAGUUGUAGUGAAAGAAAAAGAAACACAGGAGUGGCGUCAUGGCUCUGGAUCUGAUCGGAUUCGGCUACGCUGCGCUGGUGACUGUCGGAGGAAUCGUCGGUUACCUGAAAGCAGGCAGCUUUACGUCUCUUCUGGCCGGACUUGUUUUCGGGUCUCUGUCGGCGGCUGGAGCUUAUCUGAGCUCCCAGGACCCCAACCACGUCUGGCUCUCUCUCGGCUCCUCUGGAACCCUGGCGGUGGUGAUGGCGCUGAGGUUUCUGAACUCCUGGAAGUUCAUGCCGGCUGGUUUGAUGGCUCUCGCGAGUGGCCUGAUGGUUGUUCGGAUCGUCGCUGGAAUAUUAAUUCCCAUCAUCAAGAGGCCACACAGAGUCUGACUGUUUACGUCUGUAUUUCUAUGUAGCUGAAUAUAAAACUACUGCUGAC